AUGCCCGACGUGGUGAUUGGGACGCCACAAAAGCUCCUCUCCAAGUUCCACGUGUACAACCUGAACUUCAAGGUUGACAUUUUCAAAAAUAUCGCAUACCUGGUGCUUGACGAAGCCGACCAGUUGGUGGAACAGACUAACGAAGCAUGCCUUCGACGGUUCUUGUCACUGGCAAACAAACGGGUGAAAACCAUACUGGCCGCAGCCACGGUUUCCACCGCUGGCAGGCUAAGCACCAAAAACUCUAUAGAGCGUUUAUUCAAGAACCUCAACGUGCUAAGAACGGAUCGUGUGCAUGCAUUGCCAACGAACAUAGAGCCUGAUUUCGUCUACUGCAGUGACUAUGAUCAGAAGGUGGAGAAGUUGCUGGAGAUACUCCGGCAGAUGAAACCACAACAACGAGCGCUAGUCUUCUGCGGGACUGUAAAAUCAUCCGAAGAGCUCUUUGACAGUUUAAAGAAGGCACAUAGGAAUAUGGACGUCGGUUUAAUCAAUCGGGGCGUGGACGUAGAAACGCAACUUGCUGUAAUCGACAAGCAACGUGGAAACAAGAUAAUCAUUUGUACGGAUGUGCUGGCGCGUGGAAUCGACAUCCCACACGUCUCUACAGUGGUGCAGUUCGACUUUCCCACGAACGUGAUCGAUUACAUCCACAGGUCCGGUAGAGCCGGCCGCAACAUGCAGCAGUGCAAAACGACUCUGUUGUGGACCGAAGCAGAUCGCGCAUUUUACACCUUACUUAGCGAGCACCACGACAAUCUGCCCGCUUUGUUCAGCCGCAAACGUGGGCUUCGAAAACGAUUGAAGCGAGGUCUUCCUGUCGGCGAUACGCUGGUCCAAAGUGAUGGCGAAGAUCCUAAUGACAAAAUGUAA